GCCUCUUCCAAAAACAAACGGGACUAUACAUUCAUUCCCCUAAUUCCGUGUUCUAAGUUUCUGUUCUGCUAAUCGAUUUGAGCAAUCACUAAACCAGUGUUGCAAUGGAGGAAGGUCAGCGCUGGACCGUAACGUACACCAACCACGUUAAGAAGAAGCGGAAAGUUUAUCGCGACGGCUUUCUAGUGGUUCAAUUAUCGCACAAUAAGUUCAUGCUGUAUGAUGAAUGGGACAAGCUAUUGGAGACUAGGUUUGUGAAGAAAGAUGAUCUCAUCACAUCUGGUGAAACUAUCACAUUUGGUUCUUACCUUGUCGACCUUGGUGAGCUAUGUCAAGGCCAUCGGCCUACAUCUAUUUUGAACCCUCAAGAUCAAGAUGAGAAAGUUGCAGAAACAUCUAAUUCAUAUUACAGAUACAAUUCCCAAAGUAAUAUAUAGACUUUAUACCUUAAUAUUUUUGUUCGUCUUCUUUUUUUUUAUAAUUGUUGGUUUUCCAUGAAUUUGUCGAAAUAAAAAAUCUAUAUUUUGUACUCCAUUUGCUGUAUGCCAAAUACUUGCCGACUUUUUGCUUCUGGAAAAGAUAGGAAGCCUAUGGUGGGGAAAAGAAAAGGACCAGUAGUUAACAUAAGCCCAUCACAGAAAUUGAUCAGAGAUUUCAAGAAAAGUGAAGUGAAUAAGUUUGGUUCGUCACCAAAUUGUACAGAUAUGACAAAACUGAGUACAAAAGACUGGCAGGUCUUGUACACAACACAAAUAACACAAAAGGCAAAGAAAUUUCAUGAUGGCUUUCUUCAACUUUUAAUUCGUGGAUCACAAGGGAGGCAGUAAUUACUUCAGGUUAAGUUGUAUGAUACAAACAGAAGACACUUAGAUGGGCAGAUUUCUGAAAAAGGAUGAAAAAAUUUGUUCUGGUGAAUCACUAGUUUUGGAUGGUCAUUUAGUAGAGAUUGGAGAGCAGGAAGAAGAUCAAAAGCCUCCAACUGACUUAAACGUUCUAGGAAAAAGCUGUGGAGUAGCUGGAAAAAGGGAUGUCGUUGAUUGCCGAACCAAAAUCCCUACUAUUACAAAAUUUCAUGCUGGAAAAACAGCAGGUGGUAACUCUCAAGGGGAACUUACUAAAUUAAGUGAUCCAAGCUACAAGUCUGAAAAUGCCAAAUUAAGUGGGGGAGAAGCCGAACCUAAACGUUCUGUCCAUGAUAUAUUGUCCAGUCUCAGACAACCAAGUGAGCAGAAGGUUGUCUCUGUGAAUAAGCCUUUCACUGAGGAGAACUGUGUCAGAUUCUCCAGAGUUUCUGUCUGUACCAAUAAUCAUAGUGGAACGGAAAUUCCAGAAGAGUAUGAAAUUCCAGAAGAUGGAAUAGUACCUCAAGCUAGAUCUUCUAGCUUUCAUCUCAGACCAAGAACAGUAAACUUUAUAUCUCCUAUCCAUGAUGCAAAUUCUUCAUCUAUGGAGUCUCAUGCGGAAGAAGCUGCUGCAGUGAAUACUGCUAGCCAAAAGGAAGUUGAAUCUGAAUCUCUCACCAGAACAUACAAUAAUCAAGAACUGGAAAUCAUAUUUCCAUGUGAAGAGGUCGUAACUGGAUCAAAUGCUGCACUAGAAAAUGGUUCGAGCUCCAGUAAAUCACCUGAGCUGCAGGAAGACAAGAAGGGAAGCUGUUCUAGAUGCAAUAAUGAUCUCAAAGAGACAAGUCUCGAGACAAAGGAUAUGGAUGAGAUCCCAAGUUUUGAUCUUAGACUUUGAGAGGAACCUUGACAGAAUUGUGUUCAUAGAGCUUGAUAUCUUAUCAUCAUAAUCCUCUAAUACAAUCGUAAGUUACAGAUGAAGCAUACUGAUAUUUGGCCUUGAAGCUGCAAAUUAGCUAUUUUGCCAAAAGGUGUGUAUCUAUGCAAUGAUAAGAAAUUCUCUUGUUCAAACAUUGAAGGAAAAA